GCGGAGGCAGGACAGUCAUGGCGGCCGUCAUUAGACUUGUCAACAGAAGCACUUUAGGCUCAGUUAUGGGUCCGCAGUACCUGGCGUUUAGCUCCGCAACAAAGACUAGCGUAAAAGCAAGUCGAGCUCUUCCGGAAACGGUGAAAAUAGUGGAGGUGGGACCCAGAGAUGGUCUUCAGAAUGAGAAGACUAUCGUCCCAACAGAGACCAAAAUUCAUUUGAUUGACUUGCUGUCAGAGUCAGGGCUGCGAGUCAUUGAGGCCACCAGCUUUGUGUCACCAAAAUGGGUUCCACAGAUGGCAGACCAGAAAGAGGUGAUGAAGGGGAUUUGUAAGAAACCUGGAGUGUCUUACCCGGUCCUCACCCCCAACCUCAAGGGCUUCCAGGCUGCUGUGAAAGCAGGAGCUUCAGAGGUGGCCAUAUUUGGCGCCGCGUCCGAGCUGUUCAGUAAGAAGAAUAUAAACUGCUCAGUGGACGAGAGCUUACAGCGCUUUGAUGAGGUUGUGAAAGCAGCUAAAGAGGCCGGUGUGCCAGUUAGAGGUUAUGUGUCAUGUGUUCUUGGAUGUCCGUAUGAAGGGAAAGUGGCACCUGAAAAAGUUGCACAUGUAGCUAAGCGUUUAUACUCCAUGGGCUGCUAUGAGAUUUCCCUAGGUGACACCAUUGGAGUGGGGACUCCAGGUAGCAUGAGUGAAAUGCUGGAGGCUGUGAGCAGAGAGGUGCCAGUCGAUGCCCUGGCAGUGCACUGCCAUGAUACCUACGGCCAGGCCCUCGCUAAUAUCCUUGUAGCCUUGCAGAUGGGUAUCAGUGUGGUAGACUCAUCAAUUGCAGGACUUGGCGGCUGUCCAUAUGCCCAGGGGGCCUCUGGGAAUGUUGCUACCGAAGAUGUAGUCUAUAUGCUUCAUGGACUUGGGAUUCAAACAGGAGUGGACCUCUCCAAACUGAUGGAUGCUGGAGCUUUCAUCUGUCGGACCCUCAACAGGAAAUCAAGCUCCAAGGUGGCACAGGCCACCUGCAAACUGUAGGCAGAAGCCAAAACUUUCCCGGACUGUGUACUUCUUCAUAACCACAUAAACCUUCCUCCCACCUUC